AUGCCGACAACCCCUCCCCAUCUGAGUCUCAGCAUCACCAACCCCCUGAUUCUCUAUCGCACUCUUGUCGCAACUAGGAAGAUCAAGCCCGACCCGGCGCAGCAUCGCCUCGCACUGCAGCUCCAGAAGCUGUACUUUCGCCUCAAGGACUACGCGCCGGAAAUCGAGUACCGGUAUCGGCUGGAGAAGAUCGGGCGGAGUGUGCCGAGGAAAGCGAGGAAAUCGUCGUUAUCCACUGAGACGCCAGGGGUCCGACAUGGUGCCCAGCAGGGGAGAGGCACGUCUGAUCACGAUGGCGACCGCAACGGUAAUGAGGACGAGGACGACGUUGGCCGCCGUGACCGCCGCUGGACGAAGGCGGGGCGCAUCUUGUCGUCGCUCGUGUCUUUCAACUCACUCCCGUCCACCACGCUGGCCUUGACCAGGACCACUCCGCUCCACCACUCUGCCCUCGCCAUUGAUUCUCCGCUGGGCAUGCUCCUCUACGGCGAGGUCGGCCGGGGCAAGUCGAUGCUCCUCGACCUUUUGUACGACAGCCUUCCGUCGCGGAAGAAACGCCGCUGGCACUUCAACACGUUCAUGCUCGACAUCUUCCGGCGCAUUGAAGUCGCGCGGAUCGAGCGGCUCGAGUUUCUCCGUCCCUCUUCAACGACGAGAAGGAGCCUCUUUGGCCGCGACGACGUCGUCUCGGAUCACGAACAUGUCAUCCUCAGCCUGGCCAAGGACACCGUCUGCGACUCGCCCAUCCUGUUCCUCGACGAGUUCCAGAUGCCCGACCGCGCGGCCUCGAAGCUGAUCAACGGCUUCUUCACCGCCUUCUUCCACCUCGGGGGUGUCCUGGUCGCCUCCUCCAACCGCAUGCCCGAGGAGUUGAGCAAGGCCGCGGGCAUCGAGUUUGGAGACCUGCGCCGAACCGCCACCCCCGGGGGUGUGGCCGGGGGGUUCUUCGGGCUGGGCUGGGGUAUGUCUCGCGAGAGUGAAGGUGAGAGGGCCGCGAAGACGGAUUUCGGAUUGUUUCUGGAAGUGCUGCGCGCCAGGUGCGAGGUGUGGGAGAUGGAGGGCGAGAAGGACUAUAGGCGGGAAGGGGACGAGGAUGAUCUAGCUGUGGACGAGGGUGCCUUGGACCCAGAAGUCUAUGAUGCCGCAGCAGCUGAAGUCGAAGCCGAAAAACUUCUUGACGACAUGGUAGACAGUACAAAUCCCUCGACCAGGAGCACCUCUGUCUCGGGCGUGAACGCGCUGACAGAAUCCACGACCUUGUCAUCCGACACACCAACGCACUACCACAUCGAUCUUCCCUCCUCCACGGUGUCCGACGAAGCCUUUGAAAAGGAUCUCCGCCUCCUCAACCCAUCGGCGACGUGGAACCCCAUCACGCUGACAAUCUACGGCCGUCGCCUCGAGCUGCCCUGCACGCAGAAAGGAGUCCUCAAAUCCACCUUUUCAGCCCUCUGCGCCACGUACCUAGGUCCUGCGGACUAUGUCUCGCUCUGCUCAACGUUUCACACGGUAAUCCUCACCGACGUGCCCGUGCUCACGCUGGUGCAGAAGAACGAGGCCCGCAGGUUCAUCACCCUGCUCGACGCGCUGUACGAGGCGAGAUGCCGGCUGUUGAUCCAAGCUGCCGCCCCGCCGGACAAGUUGUUCUUCCCGGAGACCAAGGUCAGAAGAAUAGGGGCGGGGGCUGCGAGCAAUGCCGAGGGUGAUGAAGAUGAUGGAGACAGCACCGCGUCCAUCACCUCCGAGUCCUUCUCCGAGAUAUACCAAGACUCGACCGCCCCGUUCCGGCCCAACAUCUCGUCCUACACCGGGGCGAACGACACGCACUAUCCAAUGCCUUUCCCGUCCUUCACCCCGUCCCUGCAUAACCCCAACGUUCGAACCGUACUGGCCGAUGAAGAUGCCGAUUUCGGUCCCACGUACGGCAACGGGAGGGGCCACGGAAUCUCGGACUCCAGCACCUCGCGCUGGGACGUCGGGAGGGCUACCGCGGGUCCAGAUUUCACCAGCACGUCCGCCUUGACCGGCGAGGACGAGCGCUUCGCGUACAAGCGUGCGCGCAGUCGUCUGUGGGAGAUGUGUGGUCGGAAAUGGUGGGAUGAACGACUGCCCGUGGCUCGGGGUUUGAAUGGUCAUGAUGAUUACCAUGGUGACAACCAUGCACCGAAGGAGACCUCUCUGAGAGAGAUAGAGGACCUGGAUGCCGUAUCGGCGCCUGCGUGGUGGCGGCCCAUCCACAGCUCUGGGCGAUUCUGGGAACCCACCUCAACCACCACAGCACAACCAUCGGCAGCAGAGACACCCACGAACCGUCCCCUUGGAUACCACUCACAUUCUCCUUCCCAACCACCUGGUCGCGGUCAUCCAGGCCCAGCUUCGCCGGAUAACAAUGCGGACACAAACCCCAAGCGCGACGCCAUGUUCCGACACGACGCCUCGCCGUACCGUCGCCACGCGGACCCGCCGCCAAAGUUUGGCUGGGAACACGCGUGGGGCAUGAUGCGGUGGGGGAAGAAAGCCGGGGAAUGGGGCAAGGGUGUCGAGGGGAGGAGUCCACGAGGUCACAGUGGUGGCCGCGCUGCCGGUGGCGGGUCUGGUGAGAAGUAA